GCCCAUUUUUGCAUAGCAACCAAACAUCCAAUAUGGCCGACCUUGAGCAAGCUCCAAGUGUUCCAGAAGUACAGAAAAAAGAAGCUGAUCCAGUCAUUCUGGAAAUAAAUCAAAGGAUCGAGGAAGCAUUUGAUAUAUUUGAUCAUGAACAAAACAAGACUGUUGAUGUUAGGGAGGUUGGUACAGUCAUUCGAUCAUUAGGCUGCUAUCCAACACAAUCUGAACUCAACGAUAUGAUACAAGAGAUAGAGGAAGAAGAACCAACUGGUUUCAUACUCUAUGACAAGUUCCAGCCAAUGAUGGCAAGAGUCUUGAUAGAAGGUAGAUACAAGCCAGUCUCUGAGGAACAACUUCUCAAAGCAUUCAAAGUGCUGGAUAAGGACAAGAAGUCAUACUUGACACCAGAACAACUCAAGGAGUACAUGACAACUGAAGGAGAAGCAUUUCAACAAGAAGAGAUUGAAGAGAUGUUGCAAGCAUCAGUCGAUCCUGAAAAGAAAACAAUUAACUAUCAUGAGUUUGUGACAUUAAUACUGGGAGAAGAGAACCAACCGGGCUAAGCUUUCUGAGAGAGAAAAUUCACUGUAAUACUUUUGUGUUUUAUGGAUCAAGACAACAUAAUACAUCUAUACCAUGUUUAUUAACAUU